UAUUGAUUGAUCGGUUUAAUCUGGAGCGAUUUGAGGCCAUUAAAGUUCAGCGUUCAGCUCUGACUGGAAACUUUGACCUGUUAAAUGUCUGAUGUGUUUCCUGUUUGUGUCUCAGUCAGCCAGAGGAACAACUCCGACUGCAUCUACAUCUGUGUGAUGGCGGGGAAGACGGGCAGAGAGCUGAGCGGCGUCUGGGACGACGGCUCCGUCACGCCGCUCUUCAACCAGACGAUUGUUGAAGGACCAAACAGAGUGGCGAACCUCUCCUCCAUUCGACUUCCUGUUGCUUCGCCACAUCUGAGCAGAACAUCGUCAACCACGUUAAAGGUCACGACCUCCGUGGCGGUCACACCGACGUCCUCCAGGCCUCCAGGCUUCACUACAGGACGUCCAUCAAACAUCAGGACGAGCCAAAGCGUCUCAACUCCACAGAUCAGAACAGCAGGAGCAGCAGAGGCGACAUCAGCUGGAACCACGAGACGACCAGCCAGCGCCGCUGCUGCAGCUAUGCCUGCAAUCACAGCCCGACCUCCUGCAGCUGCAGCCACAUCAGCAGCUGCAGCCACAGCCACAGGCGUAACCGCAGCCGCUGCUGCAGCUCCGCCUGCGAUCACAGCCCGACAUCCUGCAGCCGCAGCAACAUCAGCAGCUGCAGCCACAGCCACAGGCGUAACCGCAGCCGCUGCUGCAGCUCCGCCUGCAGUCACAGCCCGACAUCCUGCAGCUGCAGCCACAUCAGCAGCCGCUGCUGCAGCUGCAGCAACAUCAGCAGCCACUGCUGCAGCUCCGCCUGCAGUCACACCCCGACCUCCUGCAGCAGCAGCCGCCCUGAAAUCACCUGACAGUCUGGUGGAAACAAGCAUUUCUCCAGCAUCUCCUCUACAAACGACCUUCACUAGACCUUCAACCCUCCGACCAGCAGGACGACCUGCAGAGACGACGCCGAGCAGCAGAGACAGAACACCUGACCGGCCCAGAGAAACGGAGAGACCAGGCUGUCCCUGGAGGAGGCCGGAGCCUGGCGGCGAAGCGGAGACGCUCGGAGAGCUGAAGCUGCAGCCCUGCAUCCUGGAGCUCUGCCGGUUCUUCUCCCAGUGCCUCUGCAGGCCGCUGAGCCCGACGCGCACCAAAAGAUACUGUGACGACAGCUUCCUGUGGUACGAGGAGCACACGUUCGAGGUGUGCCGAAGAGUCAAGAGAGUUUCCUUCUCCAGAAAUCUGAAACAGAGAUGCUUGUCUAAGAUGUGCAACAAACUGUGACCCGCCAGGAAGCGGCGGAAACAAAGAGCCGUUCAUCUUCCAACAACAGCUGGAAGCUGCUGGUGAUUCACAAAACAUGCAGUUUGCACCUUUUAUCUGGAUAUUAAUCACUAAUCUGCCAUGCAAAAUAUAAAGUUUAUUUAAGAGAAGAAACUAGUUUUAAAACAUUAGUCUUUAUUGGUUGCCUCUGUUUACAGUUUGUUUUAAUCCGACCUGCAAUGAAAACAUCAGGUUGAUGAACGUAAACUUUAAUCCAUGUGACUUUUAAAUAUUUGAUUUGUUCUUCAUGUUUAAAAAGUAAAUGGCUGUUUAAUGUCAUGAAGAAGAAACAUGACGCCAUGACGAAUAAUCUCAGUUUUUUACCCUGAAUGUGACGAACAUCCUGCAUAAUUCAGCUGGAAAACAAACAAAUUUCAGAAGAAAACGAGGUUUCCGUUAAGGAUUUGUAGUGUGAGCGUCUCGUCUAUUUAUUACUCCUCAUGCUGCAGGUUCAUCAGAUCCAGUGUUUUCAGAGUUCGGAGGAUUUUACCCAUAAAAGACAGAAACGUUUAUCUGUAGAAAACAAGCAGAGAAACUGGUUUUCGUUCUGGCGGUCAGGAAGUCGCUGUGCUUGAGUUUUGGUUUGCAUGUCGAUAAUUUGGCUUUUAAUUCAUGAAAGAUGCUUGUUUACUAACAUUUCUACAGUCUUAUUAAAGUAUUUAAAAUA